AUGUUUUCAGAAGGCAAAAAAUGGGCUCCGGGUUUGCGCGGCUGUGAAAGAGAGGGUGGACAGAGCCUGGCCGGCAGCCUUUUGGCUGUCGCGACACAUGCCCAAUGCAUUGAAGCCAUGCCUGUCGCGAGGGCUGUGGAUACACUCAGCGCGUCAGAGGAUGACCUGGAAGUCGCUGAGCACCACAAAAGACCAGCAGCAAAAAAACUGGCCAUGAAGGCCAAUGUCAGGGUUUCCCAGCGGACGCCCAAAGCAAAGGCUGGCCUCAAGAAACGAAGUUGUUUGAGUAUGAAAACCAAGACCAAGCUGCAGAAACUACGCCUACUUGGACACCAUGGGUUUCUGCCCAGCAAGAUCUCUCUCCAAGUUGCGAAGGGUUUGCCACACUGUGGCCUUGUGAGCAAGGGUGCGCAGACCGUGGUUCCUUACAAAGUUGUUUUUGCUCAAGCCAAUCCUUUAUCUUGGAAGUGUGUCCAGCGCAAUCGCAAAGGGGUCAUCAAGAAGGACUUGAAGGCCAAACUGUUCACAGGCACCAAGGUGUUCAAGACUUGGGCAUCCAUCAGGCGCUUUUCCGCGACUACUUCAGCGGCGAAAUCUUCCGUUUCAGAACGUGGAAUCACUGAUCAAGCCAACCGCAUCAAGUACGGCACGCAAUACCAGCAGGCGUGUCAUAUGGCAGGCGUGUGUCUUGGCCGACACUUGACACCAGCUACCGCUGAAUGGUUCUCAGGGUUGCCAUCUGGUUGGACGAGCAGCGCAGUGGGAGCAGUCAAUGUUCUUGACUUCCGCCGUCAAUUUCCAUAUGCAGCGACAACUGAAGGAAAGCUCCCAAUUGUGAGCUUAUUUUCUGGGAUUUGCGGACUGGAGCUAGGGGUUUCGCGGUGGAUGUACGCCACCGACCUGGUGGAAUGUGACCAGGAUUGCACGACUGUCCUGAGACAGCGGAUGGCGGAGGGCCUUUUGCACAAGGCUGUCAUCCAUCCAGAUGUCUGUAAAUUCUCAGCCAAAGAGACAGGGGCUUGCGGGGUGACCGCUGGCUUUCCAUGCCAGGGUGUGAGCUCAGCAGGGCUUCAGAAUGGGCUUGGUGACGAACGCACCAAGCUCAUAGAGGAGGUUUGGAGGGUGUUUGACACCUUACCUCGCCAGCUGUUCUUGCUUCUUGAAAAUGUUGGCGCUCUUCUGAGCAAAGAAAAGCAGUGCCGGGCACUGUUGCAUUACAUCUUGAAGGCUGCCAAGCGGAGUUUGGAUGUUCAUUGGGCCACAACGAGACUGACGAACGUUGGUCUUCCAGCGUCUCGGGCAAGAGUUUUUCUGCUGUUGGCUGCGCGCGGAGAGUCGCUCUGGGAGGACUACAUCUGUCCAGAGGUGGAGACUCACUGCCGGGCAUGGAAUCCAAUUGCUCAGCAGCCAAUGUACAAGUGGCUAUCGCAAGAGCAAUCCAAGAAGGACAAAGUGCGUUUGAACAUGUGUGGAAACAUGGUGGUCCCUUGCCAGGCCACGUUGGCCUUCGAGUCUCUGCUCACAAUGAGAAGGGCUGCGCAACAUUUGUGA